GUCGCCAUGCCGAAGAGCGGGGAGACACCGCUGAUGAUGGCGGCGUGGGAGGGCGAGGAGGCGAUGGCGCGGAUGCUGCUCUCACACGGCGCCGACGCCAACUCUGCAGACUCGAAAGGACAUACCUCCCUGUACCACGCAGCUUGCUUUGGCCGGCUGGACAUCGUGCGCCUGCUACUGGAGGCCGGCGGCAACGCCGCGGACUCGUACGGAGUGACCUCCUUGCACAUCGCGGCUCGCUGUGCCUUGCUGGACAUCGUGCGCCUCCUACUGGAGGCCGGCGUCGACGCCAAUGCCGCGGACUCGGACGGAAAGACCUCCUUGGACAUCGCGGCAAGCCACAGGGAACCGGACAUCGUGCGCCUGCUACUGGAGGCCGGUGCAGAUCCAAACGUCGCCUGGACGCAGAGCGGGGAGACGCGGCUGAUAAGGGCGGCGAGGCAGGGCGAGGAGAGAGUGGUGCCGAUGCUGCUCUCACACGGCGCUAAUGCCAAUGCC